GGAUACUGGACUGGACUGGACUGGACUGGACUCGAGACUCGAGACUCGAGACCCGAGACGCGAUGUCGAUCACAUGUUGAACAGUAUCUACCGGCGCGGAUGUCAUCUCGUGUAUAAUCGGAUACGAUUACAUUUGAUAGAUUACGAUAUGUUCGCGUGAUUUAUAUAGAAGCGAGAUACACAUUAAUGUUUUAACAUCUAAUAAGGAAAUUUAAAUAAUUGAUUAAAAUGUCUGUUAAUGACACGAAGGAUGUGGUUAUGAUAGACGACGAGUAUCAAGUCACUGAAAACGACGAAAUAGCUGCCAUUGAUUACGAGCUGCAACAAAUAGAAAGCGAACUGCAGAAACUUGAGGAUCGUAAGAGGAUAUUAACUCAGCGUAAGGAAAAGUUACACGAUAACGCUCUUUUGAAGAAAAGUUUUUCCUUGUCCAAGAAAAAUUGGAACAAUGAGGAAUUUGAUUGGUCCGCAAGACUCAAGAAAACUUUAAAAGACGUUUUCAAGAUUGAAAAGUUGCGAGAGUUACAAUUACAAACUAUGAAUGCAAUUAUGUCCAAAGAAGAUGUUAUAUUAAUUAUGCCUACAGGUGGUGGUAAAAGCUUGUGUUAUCAAUUGCCGGCUGUAAUCAGCAAAGGUACAACUAUAGUAGUUUCGCCAUUAGUGGCUUUGAUGGAGGAUCAAUUACACGGAUUGCAUAAAUUUAACAUAAAAGCUACCAUGUUGUGCGCAAAGGCAGACAAAGAAAGCGUCAAGACGACCAUGAAUGCGCUUGUGGAUAAAAACUCGGAUCUAAAACUCGUCUACGUAACGCCGGAGUACAUGGCAAAGUCGAAUCGUUUUAUGAACAAGCUGCAGAAAGCGUACGAGUUGGGGCGUCUGGAACGUUUUGCGAUAGAUGAGGUACAUUGUUGCAGUCAAUGGGGUCACGAUUUCAGACCGGAUUACAAGUUCCUAGGUGUGCUGAAAUCCAUGUUCCCGGGCAUACCGAUUCUAGGCCUCACUGCCACGGCUCCGGCUAAGAUCAUCGUAGACGUACAAAAGAUGCUGGAUAUUAGUGGUUGCCUGAUCUUACGCGCUUCGUUCAACAGGCCCAAUUUAUAUUACGAGGUUCGUCGCAAACCGGCGGAUAAGGAAACGUGCCUCGCGAUGAUAAAAAAUCUCUUGAAUAAUCGAUUCGCUGGCAAAUCGGGUAUAAUCUAUACGACCACGAUUAAGGACGCCGAACAAUUGACCACGGAUUUAAGGAACAGAAAUUUUAAAGUCGGAUGCUACCACGCGAUGCUCGAGGCGGAAUACAGAUCGGAAGUUUACUCCAAAUGGAUUUCGGGCAAGUAUCAAGCGGUGAUCGCGACCAUCGCUUUUGGAUUGGGCAUCGACAAGCCGGAUGUGCGAUUCGUGAUACAUCAUUGCGUUUCCAAAUCGAUGGAGAAUUUUUAUCAGGAAAGCGGUAGAGCGGGCAGAGACGGCAAAAGAUCAACAUGUAUCGUGCUCUACAGAUUGGCAGACAUAUUCAAGUUGAGUACUAUGGUAUUUCAAGAUAAAGUCGGACUGCAAAACUUGUACAAAGUGUUGACGUAUUGUCUGGAUCAAACAUCCUGUAGACGAAGCUUAAUAGCGACUCAUUUCGAGGAGACUUGGAACGCGAGCGAUUGCGUCGAGAUGUGCGAUCAUUGUAGGAAGUCGAUUACUGGAAAAGAGGUAGACAUAGGGAAAUAUUGCAGACAGCUGUAUCAAAUUAUGACAAAGGCUGUGCAAAGCGAAACACGAUUGACCGCUCUGAAGCUUGUGGACGCCUGGUACAGCAAAGGUGCCCCAUCGUUGAGAGUAUCUAACGUGCCCGUGCCAAAUUUUGCAAGAGAAACCGCGGAGGCUAUCGUAGGACAUUUGCUAGCGAACGGUUAUUUGCAAGAGGACUUUCAUUUCUCGGCAUAUUCUACGAUAUCGUAUCUUAAACGCGGUCCUAAAUCUGGACUAGCUAUCAACAACGAUCACAAGAUACUCUUCAAUUACGAACUGUACCAAUGCUUGAGAGUAGAAACGACGGAAGACAGCGUGAGUGAUCAGGAGACGAAUAUGCCUCUGCCAAAUAUUCUGCGGAAAGCGAGCAGCUAUAUCCUCGGCGAUUGCGGCCAGGAUAAUCGACGUGUCAUUUACCAGGACGGCGAGGCGUUAUUCUGCAAGAAUAACGUCUGCGUGCACCCACCGACGUUGAUGAGGCAGCACGCCGACGUGGUGCACCAUCCCGGAUACAUGACCAUAACGUGCAAGCUGAACAAGAACUCGAACCUACCGACCCUGCAUCUCAGCUGGAUACCCAACAGUACGUUGCGCAAGCAUCCGACUGCGCUGGAGAACCUGAGCGCCAGAAACGCCGUCGCAUCGCAUCAUCAUCGGGACGACGAUCCGACCGUCCUGCCUCGUUCGCAGAUAUCCGCGCAGGCACGUGGCGCGGACGCGAGACACGUGCUCGAGAACGAGAAUGAGAAUGAGAACGACGCCGAGAACGACAACGGGAACGGGAAGCUGGACGUGUGCUUGGAGGCGAAGGAACCCGUCAAUUGCGGCGACUGCGAACGCGUCUGUUCCGGUUCCGGCUACGACUUUCCACGUCGUCCAGGCAACGAGUCUGAGAAGAAUGCCGACGAAAGAACCGAGAAUCGUUCGACACCGGAUUCCGCGGACUCGAGGAAGAAUGAGAGGAAUGGGGAUUCGAAAGAGCGGAAUUUUAACGAGAGCGAUGUCAGGAGCGUCGACGAGGAGGCACGCCUCUCGUACCGCGAUGACGCGAGUGUCAAGAGUCGCAGUUUGUCGUUAACUUCCACCUGCAGCUUGUCAAUCUCGAUAUCCGCUGACGCUGAGGAGAUGCCGACGUGGAUGAGGUCCCCGGAACUCUUAGCUCUUCAACACAAUCUUGCCUUUCCCGACAGCGCGACCGCGUCGCCCGUGACAUUGCGCAGAGCGCAUCGAUGCAGAAGAUUCUCGGUGGAUCUCGGCGAGAUGCGAUCCUUGCGGCUCUUCUUUGCCGAUCCUGCUUGCACCUGCGGCCAGUUGGUAGUGGCGAGCAGAGAGAGCCAAUACAAGAUCUUGCACUUUCAUCACGGCGGCUUGGAUCGGCUGGCCGCCACCCUACAUCAAUGGCAUCAAUUGCUUUAUCCACGCUUGAGCGCGGACACGGAGGAAACUCUGCCAUACAGGCACUUUAUGGUAUGCAGACCGGAGGUAAGUCGAGACGAAUUGCAUCCCGAGGAAGGCCAAGUACCAAUGAUCACAUCACUAGCUUGGAAAGAUUUGUUGAACGAACGUGGCCAGGUGGAGGAUGAUCUCGCUCUUCGCAAAGGAAUAUUUUUCGGAGGCUUGGAGCCGGCGUUACGAAAAAUCGUUUGGCCCUUUCUGCUGCACUGCUAUUCCUACCAGAGCACAUACGAGGAUAGAGAGCAGAUCGAUGCCAUUAGACGGCAAGAGUACGAGGAGAUACAGAGACGUAGAUUGAGUAUGAAUCCGGAACAGGCCGAGCGUUUCUGGCGAAACGUGGUGUGCAUAGUGGAGAAAGAUGUCGUUCGGACGGACAGAGGUAAUCCGUAUUACGCCGGCGAGGGUAAUCCCAACAUCGAAGUAAUGAAGAAUAUUUUACUCAACUACGCGGUAUACAACUGCCGCUUGGGUUACACCCAAGGAAUGUCUGAUCUCUUAGCUCCGUUACUAGCCGAACUUAACUCCGAAAUCGAGGCCUUUUGGUGUUUCGCGGGUCUGAUGCAAAGAUCGGUGGCCGUGUGCACUCCGACCGACAAGGACAUGGACAGAAAUCUGUGCUACCUACGGGAGCUAGUGAGAAUAAUGGUACCGGAUUUUUACGCGCAUCUUCAAAAUCACGCGGAUGCUUUAGAGCUUUUGUUUUGUCAUCGUUGGAUACUUUUAUGCUUGAAAAGAGAAUUUCCAACCGAGAUAGCUCUUGUCAUGUGGGAGGCCUGCUGGGUCAAUUAUUUAACGGAUCAUUUUCACUUGUUUCUCUGUCUCGCUAUAAUGUGCGUUUACGCGGACGAUGUGAUUGCCCAGGAUCUGCGAACGGACGAAAUGUUAUUGCAUUUUAGUUCACUGGCCAUGUACAUGGAUGGGAACGUUAUACUUAGAAAGGCACGAGGCCUACUUUAUCAUUUCCGUCAACUUGUCCGCUUGCCUUGCACGUUAGCCGGUCUCUGCCGGCAAUGCGGUCCGGGGAUGUGGGACAGCACGCACGAUCCGGUGAUAGAGUGCGUAGGUCACGAAGACACGCAUUGUCCCUAUUUAAAUAAUUACGAGUAAGUUAAUAAUUUUUAUAGGAAGAGACGAGAUUAGAAGGGAGAAGAGUAUCAGUAUUAUUUAACAUAUAGAUUAACUCAUUUCGUCGAGUUAUUAAAUUGUAAGUCCUUGCUCUCUCUAUACACCGAUCUUUCUUUAUACAUGCCAGACCUUCGAUUCGUAGCAUAAGUUUUCUACGAACUACAAAUAUUGUACCAUAUCUAGUUAAUUACACUCUAGGUUUUUACAUGCAAAUUACAAGCUCAAUUGCCACGCGCGCGACGAUACGAAUUGUAACGCGCGUCUUUGUUCUUGUACAAAGCUGCUUAAGCACCUUUCGAAUUUUGACAAAGAGAAAUAAUACAUAUAUUACACCGUCGUACAUCAGUCCGAAUUUAAUGCCGAAGCACAAAAGACAUAUCUCGAAAUAUCAAUCUCCGAAUGAAAUUCACGCACCGUCGAUUGAAAUAAGCUUAAGAAGUUUCAACAAAGUUGUACGCGAAUACAGAGAUUCGCGAUAUAAUAGAUAGAUUUGCAGUAUUCGUAGCGUUAAAGACGAUGAGUGAGAAAGAUAAACUAGUACAAGCGUCCGAGUGCCACCAGCUGGGGAUAGGGAGAUAUCCGUCGUGUGAUCAUGUUCCGUAGGCACCAAUCUAGUAGAGAGUUCGUCCGCGGAAAACCAAAGAGAAAAAUCAAAUGUCGUAUAUAGUACGAAAAAAUGGCUAUUUAUUAUUAUAAAUAUACACCCGAAUUUUAUGCGGGUGUAUAAAUUAACAGUAUCUAUUCACUCCAAAGUGUUCACGUACGUUCAUAUAUAUAUAUAUAUAUAUAUAUGACAUUCUCAUACACCGGUACUCUUCGCGUAUGUAGAACAGCGUCGAACCUUUAUUCAAUUAUUGAUAUAAUUAAACAUAAUUGUUUGCUAAUUACAUAGUGUUGCACACAGAUGUUGUAUAUUUAUUCUUACUUUAUGGGAGUCAUUUAAAAACAAAAAAGAUUAUUAGAAUAAGCUCAUUUUUCUUACCGAAUAAUUGUAAAGUAAUAAAUAUUUUAACUUAUUUUUUUUUUUGUGCUUUUAUAUUAUUAUGAUCCGUUAUCACGAAUAUAUGUAAAGACACAAAGCUGGUUAUUCAAGAUCUUACAAAUACUGUGCCUAUAUGCAAAAAAGGCGAUUGUAACACAUUCCACGCUAAUCUAUGUAAUCAGGAAUAUAAAAUUUUAUCGAAAAUAGCUUUUAUCGCUUUUAUCGUGCUAUCUUCUAUCGUUGGAAUCUUGAAGAGAAAUCUCUAUCUGUGUUAAAAUCUGCCUCGUGCAGAGAGAUCUCUAUUCGAAAUAAAUAUAAGGCAAAAAUAUAUAUGUGUGUACAUAUACCGGUUUAAAUAAAUCGGCAAGAGGCUUG